GGACCAAAUAUCGAGAGUUACACGGUCUGAGUGAGAAAAGUGUCUGAGCGAAUGCGAAAAAGGAGCAUUGUUACAUCACUUUUUGCAUCUUGCUGAUUGGCCGAUGUCACGAAGUAAACAAGGAAGUCGAUGUUCGGGUAAAGGUCCAUUACAACUUUUCUUUUGUUCAAAAUUUUUCUUUAAGAAGGUUUCGCCACAAUAACAUUUUCUCUGUUUCGCGCUGUUUCCUUAUGUUCUGCGCUGUUUGCGGUGGUUUGCGCUGUAUUCAGUAAGUAGUAAGACCGUUUAAUGACACUUUGCAGGGCUCGGUACGGUACGGUAGUCUUAGGCUUCAGGCCAGUAAUCGGUUCAAGUGUUGUUGUUUAAUAUUUCAGUAGUUACCAGGUUAGGUACUGACGCUGAAGCCUGGAAGCAUUCCACAUCUCAAACAUGAGCAAAUUCACUAUUAGUCAUGGACAGAAUACUGUUCCUAUGAAUUUAUUUGCAACAUGGGAGGUUGAUAGAUCUUCACCACAUUGCAUUCCAAGAGUCUGUAGUCUUGCACUAAGAAAACUGAUCGUUAUCAAAGAACUAGACAAAGACUUACAAUCAAUAUUUCUUGCUGUGAAAAUGCAGGGAUCAAAGAGAGUGCUGCGAUCUAAUGAAAUUGGACUUCCAGCUAACGGCCUUCUAACGAUGGAUCUCGAACUUACAUUUUCUUUACAAUAUCCACAUUUUAUUAAAAGAGAUGGCAAUAUAUUGCAAGUAAUGUUGCAGCGUAGAAAGAGAUAUAAAAACCGUGCAAUGCUGGGAUAUAAAACAUUGGCUAUUGGAACAGUUGAUAUGGCUCAGAUAAUACAAAGUCCUAUUGUGGAAGAGUCCGUGCUUGAUUUAAUGAGCACAAACAAAGAUCGUCGAAACAGUGUUGUAGUCUCUGCACAGGUUGUGAUGUCAUCUGUGUAUAGUACACCUACUGAUGAAGUUGAAGUUGGAAUUGGGAGAUCAGGCAAACAAACAGAAGCAGAUCGUUCUCCCGAUGUUGAUAAUUACACUGAUGAUGAAGAAACAUUUUCAUCGGAUCCUGAGAUGGGGAGUGAUGUUAAUCCUCAGGAGUAUAUUGACGAUGAAGAAAAUCAUAAAAGAAAAGAAAGAAGAAAAGUUCGAAUGUCAUCUUCAUCGAGGCAACAAAAUUUUAUCAAAGCAAAAUUAGUUGCAUUGCUAAGAAGAUUUAAGCAAGUUGAAGAUGAGGGUUUGGAACAAGAAAUGGGACAAGAUCCAGAUGUAGUUGUACCAGGUCCAGAUGAUUUGGAUUUUCUUUAUGAUGAAAUUGAAGAUCUUAAUUUCAGUGAUAGUUGUCCUGAAGUUGAGGAUAAUAUCAGUAUUGUGUCUACCCCCAAACCAAAAUUGAGGCCAUUUUUCGAUCGUACAUCACAUUCAAGUUCUCAAACAGAAGUAUGUAGUCUGAGAGAUCAACCAAGUGGAGAACAUAUCCAUUAUGGUCAAGAUUCAAGAGAAAAUAGUCUUGGGAGAAGAAAUCGUGAAGUCAAGGAAACAUUCGAAUCUUUGAGAAAUUCUGAUAAAACACCUGCAAUAGAUCAGAGUGAUUCUAGUGAAGAAGAUGAUCAGAAUGUUAUCAUUCAGCAAGCUGCUAAUUUCUCACACCCAGAUUCUUUUCGACAAUUCAAUCUACUCGAUGAUGAAGUUGCUCGAUUUGGAUCUGAACCUGGAUCACCUUGCCAUUCUCAAAAUCCCUCAACGUCUAUUAAUAAUCAAACUAAAAGAAGAAAACGAUCUUGGCCAAGAUCUCGUUCGCCUUCUUUUCAAAUGACUGAAGGAAAGUAUACAGAAACUGCAAGUAGUGCAGAAGAACUUGACUUGUCCUUGCCACAACAACAAACAUCGUUGCAUGUUAUAAACGGAAGCUUCACUGCAGAAGAUGAUGACAUCACUCAUUCAUGUACAUUGCCGAGUCCACUGCUUCUAGUAAACAGAUCAGAUCGAAAUGGAAAAAAUUUUGCAGAAGCAUUACAAAGUUAUAUUGCAGCAGGAAACACAGCGGAGACUGUGAUAUUGGCAACAAGUUCUCAAGAUCAAUUGAGUUCUGUGUUCAAUGUUCUCAUAUCAAAAUUGCAAAAAUUUAUAAACAGCAAUUCACAACAGCCAAUGAGAGUGAAAGUUGGAAUUGCUGGAACGGAAUCUUAUGUCAAUCUUGUUCUUCGACAGUUUGUGGAAUUCUUAAGUUCAAGAUCACCUGAUUGGAUUACUUAUUUUCUAUUUUUUGUCAUACCUUUAGGUAAAAAUCAGAUUGGACAAUACCUUUGUUCGUUAGACAGUCACUACGCUAAGCUUUUCAAUGAUCAAUUAUGGCGUGAAACUUUUGACAAGGGUCCAGCCUCUACAAAAGCACAUACACCUAAUUCUAUAUCAAUGGAACAUCAUACUGCAUCAUUCGAAAACCAACAAAAUACAGAAAAAACUUGCGUCAGACGAGCUCUUGAAUAUAUUGAUGAAGCUUCUGCUACUUUAUCGCUUUCUGUCGCCGAGGCAAUGUUGACUUUCGGACAGAAAAGUGAAAAUGAAGACACAUCACAGAAGUUUGUGCCAUUCGUUUCUGGUGCAAAGGUUGGAGAAAAUGAGUUCUUAAUGCAACAUGACUCGGAUAAGGAGGAUAUUGUGUCUGGUCCAACAUUAGCUUCAAUUUCUGCUAAUACUACUGCGUCACCUGCAGCACAGGCUACUGCAUCAACAGGUGGAGCAACUGCCAUGCCAACAUCUCCUGCCAUUAACAACACUUCAAACUCUCAACAUGCCAGUAUUGCGGGAUCUACUGAUUCGAAGAUGGGACUUCAAGUUGAUUAUUGGAAAGAUCGUGAUUCCACCAAAUAUACUCUGAAAACAACCUUCAAGUCAUUCCAUGUUUCAAAGCUUCCAACAAUGGGAGAACAUAUUGCUUCACCUGGUUUAGAAUUGGAUGUUGUCACUAUCGGCAAAAAGAAUAUAAUGAGAUUACCUGGAAAGAAAGGGAAAGAAAAAGAAGCUGAAUCGAAAUCAUUGAUUAUUUCCAAUAUUAAUCGCAUCAUAUGUACUUCAAAGCAUCAGCACAAUUUAUUGAAAGUUAAAAUUGACGGAAUUGAAUGGAAAGAGGUUAAAUUUUUCCAGCUAUCAUCUCAUUGGUCAUCUCACGUUAAAACUUUUCCUGUUGGAUUAUUUUCAGCUCAUUGAAGUUUCAAGUUCAUUAUUAAAUAUAUAUUCUACUUUUGUAACCAUGACGACAAUAUUGCAAUAAAAUUAUACUUGCCAGUAUUAGUAUAUUACGAACUUGUUAAUAAAGCUAAUUUGACAAAAUCCAUCCUUGUUUAGAAGAAGUCUCGCCUGCAACAGCAUUCUAGAUAAUUUUUCCACAAACAUUUUGUAAUUACCAAGUCGAAAUUUUAUAAAAUGGGGAUUGUUUUUCUGAAAGACAGUUUACAAUCUCUCUAUUCUUUAAUAUUCUCAACAUUUAAUGCAGGCAAAAAAAAAAUUUUUCAUUAGCUAAAAAAUAACAUGGAAAGCUUUUGUUAAAUUUUCAUUGCUUUCUUCAACAACGCAUUUGGUUGCCAUUUUGUGUAAACUAUUUUUUAAAAAUAACAUCUUCAAGAUGGCCUUUCUAGCUGCAAUACAUUGCUAUAACGAA